AUGCAGUGUAUCGAGCUGACAGCGCCCACCGUUUGCGUCACCACGCGCUCCAGGUUCCAGGAUAUGCCGUAUGAAUUGUUGAUGUUGUGGGCGGAGUUCGCAUCGGUGCGGGAGGUACUCCUCGUUGGAACACUCAACCGAUUCUUUCGUGAAUUCACAAUGCCAGAUAAUGUCGCGCUGUGGAGGCUAUUCACGGAGCGAGUGCUGCUCCUGCACCCACCUGGACUGAAAUGUGUUCUGUUCAAUGAUUCCCUGCUUCGGAUUUACGCAACGGUCAACAACCUUCCUGUCGCGCUCUUCGUUCCACGGUGUGGAAAGAAUUCUGAUGAUGGUGAGGAUGAUGUAGGUAACGAGGGUGCUAGUGACCCUUCACCGCCGUACAAUGCCUGUGCAAGGAUCCUCACCACGGAGGAGCUGCAGCAGUGGGUGGUGGAUCGCUGCGAGGAGGUCGUUCAGGACCUGCGCACGUUCGCCGACAUCAUCAGGGGGGUGGAGCCACGCUUUGCCCUCACUGGACUGCUGCUGGCGUUGCAAGCGGUCAAGAAACGCAUGUGGUGCACCGAAGUGAUGGAUGUGGAGAGUGUACGGGACCUUCUGCGCGCGACAGUUGUGGAAGAGGAGCACGAUCUGGGAUGGUCGGUGCUGCGCGCCAUUGCAAGGCGUGAUCGGGCGAUGCCGAAGCGGUUUGCUAUGCGGCUUUCAGUACCUAUGUCCCCUGAUGACCUUGCCGCACUCAGUGCUGAGCGUCAGAUGUUUAAAAAACGGUGGAAGUUUGCCGCUUCCGUGGCCCGUGAGUACUUGCAGCUACGGGAAGUACUGCGCGUUGUGUUGGCUGUGUCUGAAGUCUCGGAUCACCCAAGCGCCCAGCAACGGUACGACAGUGUCUGGUCGGCUCUUCGCGGCACUUCUGCAAUGCUUAAUGCGGAAAAGCAGUGGCAACAGAAUCAGUCAGGCGAUCUCGACGAGGAGGGCGCGUCAAUCCCAAUGAAUGCAACGGGGGACGAGCUGCUGCAACAAAUACGCGAUCUGAAUAAGGUGACUGUCGGGGGCAUUGCGAGCUACUUCUUUGGGUACGUCUUUGGUAAGGCACAGCGGAAAAUAUUUCUCUCUGCGCUAUUUAGUAUGAAGCACCUGGCGGGCGCUGAGCGCUACGAGAAUAUCUCUUUUUGGUGA